AUGGCAGAGAAACCGCUUCACAUCGAUCUCAUCGAUACCCUCAAGGACGUCUCUGUCCGAGUUGACCAUGUCAGACCAUCCCAUGCCAGAGGCGUCUUCGUCAUAGGUUCCUUUACCCCUACCAAGGAAGCCAAGCAACUCUCCAAGGCGCCCCAUUUCAACUCUCCGUCGACCCCGGUCGUGGCCAGAUUCUCUCUCUUCACCGGUAUCCCUGACCUACCUUCGAACGACCCACAGGCAAAUCCCCACGGCCUGGCUGUGAGAUUCCUGAUUGGAGAUGGCGUGAAAAGCGACAUCAUCUGCCAAUCUACACCCCUCUUCCCAGCAAACACAGGAGAGGGAGUCCUUGCCAUCUUCAAAGCUUUGAGAGACGACAGAAUAGAGGAGUACCUCAGCACUCAUCCCGAAGGCAUUCCUUUUUUCACAGAAGAUAGAAAGACGCUAAAGCACUGGGGCACCCAGUCAUUCUACUCCAUCAACGCCUUCAAGUUCAUAAACGAUGAGGGCAAGAGCGUGCUUAUCCGCUACCGUUGGAUCCCGAUGGCGGGGAGACACUUUCUGACGGACAAAGAGCUUGAGGCCAAGGGGCCAAACUUCCUUUUCGAUGAUCUACCCGGCGUUUUUGCUCAGGGACCGAUAAUCUUCAAGCUUGUAGCUCAGGUGGCGGAGGAGGGCGACAUCACCGGUGACUGCCUCCAGAGAUGGCCCGAGAACCGCAAGCUUGUGGAGCUCGGGGAGCUCAAGCUAACCAAGGUUGCGGAGAAGGCGGAUCUGCCACCUCAGAAGGAGACUAUUAUGUAUAAUGUCAUUCCUGGGGUGCAAGGCAUCGAGCCUUCGGAUGAUCCUAUCAUCGCGACUCGUGGGAAGGUGUAUGCGACAAGUGGGCAGACUCGCCGGGGAGCUGAAAUUGAAGCCGAAGCUUAG